CGCUGUCGGCACGAUUCGCGUUACAUUACAGUCUCCUUCAGUUCGCCCUCCAACUGGCCAGUUCCACCACAUUGGCUCAGCGCUGGGAAUAAGCUCGCUAAGCUUAUCUAAAUAAAAUCCUAACCCUCUAACAGAUAAAAUGGCCGUUCCCCCAACAUAUGCUGAUCUUGGCAAAUCUGCCAAAGACAUCUUCAACAAAGGAUAUGGCUUUGGCACGGUGAAGCUUGAUGUCAAGACAAAAUCAUCCAGUGGAGUGGAAUUCAAGACCUCUGGUUCAUCCAACACUGACACCAACAAAGUGGUGGGCAGCUUGGAAACCAAAUACAAGAGGUCUGAGUACGGUCUGACCUUCACAGAGAAGUGGAAUACUGACAACACCCUGGGCACAGAGAUCACCAUUGAAGACCAGAUUGCUAAAGGCCUGAAGCUGACCUUUGACACAACCUUCUCACCAAACACGGGGAAAAAGAGCGGAAAAGUCAAGACCGCAUACAAACGAGAGUAUGCCAACCUGGGCUGCGACGUUGACUUCGACUUUGCAGGCCCAACCAUCCACGGCGCCGCGGUGGUCGGUUAUGAGGGAUGGCUCGCCGGUUACCAGAUGUCCUUCGACACAGCCAAGUCCAAGAUGACCCAGAACAACUUUGCUGUUGGCUACAAGACGGGCGACUUCCAGCUGCACACCAACGUCAAUGAUGGUUCUGAGUUUGGAGGCUCCAUUUAUCAGAAAGUGAGUGAUAAGCUGGAGACGGCUGUGAAUCUGGCCUGGACGGCAGGUAGCAACAGCACACGAUUCGGCAUCGCUGCCAAAUAUCAGCUGGACAAAGACGCUUCCAUCAGUGCUAAAGUGAACAAUACCAGCCUUGUUGGUGUUGGCUAUACUCAGACUCUGAGACCAGGUAUCAAGUUGACUCUGUCUGCCCUUGUUGAUGGAAAGAACGUCAACGCUGGUGGCCACAAGCUGGGCUUGGGCUUGGAGCUGGAGGCCUAAACCGGCUCCUGCUUAACAUCAGGGACAAGGGAAUAUCAGAGAUAUCUGGCCUUAAAUCCAACAGUAACCAGCAGGGGGAUUCAGGAUGGGAUGUGUCCAAAGGCUACAUCAACAGCAAUCAUUUACCAAAACCGUUUCAUGGUGUUUCAAUUUGUCCCUUUUUGCUCAAAAUGCCUCGAUUGUUUUGUUUGUAGUUGUUCUCUUCAUAGACAUUCACGUUGGGUCAGCUACAAAUCCAUUUUUAUCAUCCGUCUCCAGCACUGCCACAGUAAAGAAGUGGGACAGAGGGCAUCUGUGGCGUCCUGUUGUGUUUUAAUUUCAGUCAGUUUUGGUGGUGGUGGGUUUGUGGCAAAGCACAUGUCUCUGAUUUCAUCAUUUGUAUCUGAUAUUUCCUUAGUCGUCUGAAUGCAACUCAAGCAACCACUUAACUCUAUUAAAGGUUACACCUGCUAUUAUUUAAA